AUGUCGCCGGUUCCUUCUAUCACACCUAUGCUUCAGCCUGUUUUACCAUCACAGCAGGUCGAUUCGACAGGACAAACAACCACCAACACACAUUAUCAAGGAAAUUUGAUGCCGCCGGCUCCUUCUAUCACACCUAUGCUUCAGCCUGUUUUGCCAUCACAGCAGGUCAAUUCGACAGGACAAACAACCACCAACAUACAUUAUCAAGGAAAUUUGAUGCCGCCAGUUUCUUCUAUCACACCUAUACUUCAGGACGUUUUACCGCCACAGCAGGUCGAUUCAGCAGGACAAACAACCACCAACACACAUUAUCAAGCAAAUAUGCCGCUAGUCUCUUCUGUCACACCUAUGCUUCAGGCUGUUUUGCCGUCACAUCAGAAUAGCUACAAUAAGGAGAUACAACCUGAAAGUAGCAGAGAGAAUCCCAUAUUCCAGGCUAUUAUGUCGUUACAAAAGAACAGCUACAACAAGGAGAUGCCGCCUAGCCAGGAUUCCGUGCCCUCUUGGCCCUCCAGUCAGAGCAUCUACGACCAGGAGCAACCCGAAAUCAAGCAAGAGGGGGGAGACGAAGCGAGGGAAAGCUGGUAA